AUGUCUACAAUGCAUUUGAAAGCGCCGGCGUUUCGCGAGAAUUACAAGAACUCCAUAUUUAAGAGUUUGGAUGAAUUGCCGGAUCAGUUAAAGGAGUAUUUCAUCGCAAAGGCCGAUAAGUCUAACAAAGAGCCAUGGAUUUCAAAAUUGGCAUCUCAAUAUCUGGAGUUCGUGACGACCGGCAAUAGAGUGCACUUCGAGACCACAGAUACUAAUAGAAGAGUGCAUUUAGUGAAUCUGGUUAUCGGGGAACUCCUCACUAGGAAUGGCACUUAUAUGAAGAAUAUAGGCGACGGUUUGUGGCUUAUAAUGGAAGAGAGCAGUUGGGAAACACCCGGACAUAUGAGCAUUCAGAAAGCCGGUCCGGGACUUCCAGACCCCGAUCAGAAUAUAAUUGAUCUGCGAGUCGGGGAAAUGGCGGCCACUGUUUCCAUCAUAAAACUAUUGUUAAGGGAUGAGUUGGAUAAAGUGAACAAGAUGUUUGUCAAACGGAUCAACUAUGAACUGACCAGACGUGUGGUAUUGCCUUAUCUCAAUUACGACGACUACUUUUGGUUAGGCUUUAAUGGAAAGAGAGUUAAUAAUCACAACUCUUGGGACAACUCAAACAUCUUAAGGACAGCCCUAUUAGGCGUCGAAGACGAGACAUCUUUACAUGAAGUGGUGAACAGAAGUAUCAAAAGUAUCGAUAUAUUCAUCAAUCAGUACCCGACUGACGGCGGUUGCGAUGAGGGGCCGACGUAUUGGGGUUGGGCUGGGGGUCGACUCAUCGACUACCUCGAGCUCAUGACAACAGUGUCCGCCGGAAGGAUCAAUUGGUCGGCCAAUGAACUGCUCGAUAAGAUCGGGACGUUUAUAUACAAAGUGCACAUCUCAGAGGACAGGUAUGUCAACUUUGCGGACGCCCAGGCCAAGUUAGCGGUGGAGGCGUCGGCCGUCUAUAAGUUUGGCCACACCUUCAACGACACGACACUCAAACACUUCUCAUCAUAUGUGGGCCAACGAUAUAACUACGAGUCCAUCAAAACGGCGGCCGACUUCUUGGGCAGUCUGUCUGUGUUUGUGUCCACUCUAUUGACGUAUUCGCAGAUCAAAGACAUCGAACCCAAGGCUCCGUUACCACAGAAUUUCUACUUCAAAGACCUCCAGGUCUUCACCGCCCGAACAGAAGCCGGAUCGACAAAAGGACUGUUCAUUGCGGGCAAAGCGGGCACUAAUCACGAGAGCCAUAACCACAACGACGUCGGGAACUACAUUAUAUACGCUAACGGAAAGCCAUUCAUAAUCGAUGUCGGGGUCGGUGUCUAUAAUAACGAGACAUUCAGUAAAGACAGGUAUAAGAUAUGGUCGAUGCAGAGCCAGUGGCACAACUGUCCCACCAUUAAUGGCAUUCAGCAAAAUCAUGGCAAUAAGUACGAGGCCUCAGGUGUGAGCUAUUCAUCCACUGAAGACACCAUUAAGUUUAGCGCAGAUAUAGCCGGCGCCUACCCUAAGGAGGCGGACGUCAAGAUUUCGAGGGCCGGCACCAAAUGGCAAAUACGUAUAGGGAUUGUGGGCUAUAUUUUCCGUCAAAAACCUUUCCGGUCUAAACACUUCCGGAUCGGCAAAGUGCUCCGGGUCUCUAUGAAUGGCAUAGAUCGGUAUGUGCACCACUUGAUCUUUUUUGAUGGUAAUACCGGUGCCCUUAAGCUCGUAGUCCUCAUUGGCGACCCUCUCGUGAAAUAUGACGGCUGUGUAUAG